AUGCUGCAGGAUAAGGGCCUGUCGGAGAGCGAGGAGGCCUUCCGGGCCCCGGGCACAGCGCUCGGGGAGGCCAGCACCACCAACGCCACCAACGUCCCCGAGCCCGCGCUGGCAGCGCCGGGUCUUAGCGGAGCAGCUCUUGGCAGUCCCCCGGUCCAGGGCGCCGACGCCGCCGCUGCCGCCUCGGAGCAGACCAUCGAGAACAUCAAGGUGGGGCUGCACGAGAAGGAGCUGUGGAAGAAGUUCCACGAAGCGGGCACCGAGAUGAUCAUCACCAAGGCCGGCAGGAGGAUGUUCCCCAGCUACAAGGUGAAAGUCACGGGCAUGAACCCCAAGACCAAGUACAUCCUGCUCAUCGACAUCGUCCCCGCAGAUGACCAUCGCUACAAGUUCUGCGACAACAAGUGGAUGGUCGCAGGGAAGGCUGAGCCAGCCAUGCCGGGGAGGCUUUAUGUCCACCCAGACUCUCCUGCCACAGGGGCCCACUGGAUGCGACAGCUGGUCUCUUUCCAGAAGCUGAAGCUGACCAACAACCACCUGGACCCCUUUGGCCAUAUCAUCCUCAACUCCAUGCAUAAGUACCAGCCACGGCUGCACAUCGUUAAGGCCGAUGAGAACAAUGCUUUUGGCUCCAAAAACACAGCCUUUUGCACCCACGUGUUCCCAGAGACAUCCUUCAUCUCCGUGACCUCCUACCAGAACCACAAGAUCACACAGCUGAAAAUUGAGAACAACCCUUUUGCCAAGGGAUUCCGGGGCAGUGACGACAGCGACCUGCGUGUGGCCCGGUUGCAGAGCAAGGAGUAUCCAGUGAUCUCCAAAAGCAUCAUGAGGCAGAGGCUCGUCUCCAGCCAGCUCUCCGCUAAGCCUGAUGUCAGCCCCCUGCACAGCGCACACCAGGCCCUGCAGCACUACCAGUUUGAGAAUGGGGCCCACAUGCAGUUCGCUGCCGCAGAGCCCCAGGACCUGCCCCUCAACACCUUCCCAACACAGAGGGACUCCAGCCUCUUCUACCACUGCCUGAAGCGCAGAGCAGACAGUGCCCGCCACCUGGACUUACCCUGCAAGCGAUCCUAUCUGGAAACUCCCUCUUCGGUGGGGGAUGAUCACUACUUCCGUUCUCCCCCUCCCUACGACCAGCAGAUGCUGAGCCCUUCCUAUUGCAGUGAGGUGACCCCCAGAGAGGCCUGUAUGUACUCGAGUUCGGGGCCCGAGAUUGCGGGGGUGUCUGCUGUGGACGACUUGCCCCCGCCCCCACUGAGCUGUAACAUGUGGACGUCGGUCUCGCCGUACACCAGCUACAGCGUGCAGACCAUGGAGACUGUGCCUUACCAGCCCUUUCCCGCACACUUCGCCACCACCACGAUGAUGCCACGGCUGCCCACCAUCUCGGCCCAGAGCGCCCAGCCACCAGGAAACGCCCACUUCAGUGUGUAUAAUCAGCUGCCCCAGUCUCAGGCCCGGGAGCGGGGGCCCUCCGCUUCCUUCCCUAGAGAGCGUGGCCUCCCCACAGUGUGCGAGAGGAAGCCACCCUCCCCACACCUGAACGCUGCCAACGAGUUCCUUUACUCCCAGAGCUUCUCCCUGACCCGAGAAUCAUCCUUACAGUACCAUUCAGGAGUGGGGACUGUGGAGAACUGGACUGAUGGAUGA